AUGUACUGUAAAAUUUUCCUUUUCUUGAAAUUCUCUCUUUCACCGUUGUUUUUAUUUUCCAUACACUUUCUUUGUUGCCUUUCUUCAUUUCUUUCUUUCUUGCUUUUGCCUUUUCUUCCCGUUGCACUUCCACAAUACUUGAUUGUUUCAUACCUUUAUUUAAUUCUAUUUUUAUUUUUCUUUCUUUCUUCCAUGUUUUUCAUCACUUUCUUUCUUUUUCUCUCCACGACUUUUCUUUCUUUUUCUUUUACACUUUUUCUGGUUCUAUUUUUCCAAAUACUUUUUCUUUCUUUCUUUCUUUCUUUCUUUCUUUCUUUCUUUCUUUCUUUCUUUCUUUUGCAUUAUUUUCGUCAUCUCUUUUUGUUCUUACAUUCUUUUACACUUUUCCUCGUUGCAUUUCCUAAAUACUUGAUUUUUGAUCCCUUUCUUUCUUUUUCUUUCUUUCUUUCUUUACAUCCCUUUCUUUCUUUCUUUCUUUUUCUUCUACAUCCUUACCUUUUUUUCCUUUUUUUACAGUUUAUUGUCCAACUCAUUCAAUUGUUCCUUCUUUCUCACAUGUUUUCCAAUAAAGAACUUCAUUUUAUUUUUCUCUUUUUGUACUCUUUUCCUCUACAAAUCUUUCAUUUCUCACUUUUCAAUUCUUUCUUUUUUUUUUCUUACUUUUUCUCGUUUCUUCCUUUCUUUCUUUUUUCUUUUUCUUUUCUCUUUUCUUUCUUUUUUCUCAUUUCUUUCUUUUUCUUGUUUCCUUUCUUUCUUAAAUUAUCGUUUCUUUCUUUCUUUCUUUCUUUCUUUCUUCACUACACAUCUUUCAAUACCUUUCUUAUAUAUUUCUUCUUUCUACUUUUUCUCUAUACAAAUAUUUAA